AGAAAAAACACACACACAACAACAACAAUGAGUGGGAAGGAAAAUGAGAUAGAAGAGAAGGAGGUGGAGAUGGUUGAUCACUGGAACCACGAGCAUCCACUUUCUCCGGUGGAGAAUGUUCAACGACGUGCUUGUGAUGGCUGUCGACGGUCAUUUAGAGGUAGUGAGAAAGCCUAUGGAUGUAACCAGAAAUGUGGGUAUGAAAGGCUACUACAUGAAGACUGUGCAGAGGCGCCGAGGAAGAUCAGGCACGCAAUGCACCCUCAACACAUACUCACUCAGCAAUUCAACACUUGCGAUGUUGUAGCAAAGUGUUCAAUUUGCCAAUGGCUCACUUGGGGAUUUUUCUACAGAUGUACGAGCACAGAAUGCACGGUUGUGAUGCAUAUUAGAUGCGCGCAGGGCAGCGACGUGAUGUAUGCAGCCGAAGAUGAUGAGCAGCAGAGUAGCAUCAUCAUCAUACAUCAUCCGAGUCACCCCAACCAUGAAUUGAAGUUGUUGAGGAGAAGGUGUUCAUUCAAGUGCGAUGCUUGCGGCACCACAGGCGCCAAAGGGAGUUCCUCCUACACAUGCACCGCAGAUGCUUGCCAGUAUUGGAUCCACGAGAGAUGCGCUUCAUUGCCUCAGAAUAUCCAAAGGGAGGAACACCAUCACUCCCUCUGCCUCUCUUUCCAUGUCCCACCUCAGUAUCUCAAAAAUGACUACACUUGUGAAGUGUGCAGAAAAAGAUUAAUAUCCAAACAUUGGAUAUAUCACUGUGAGCUUUGCAGCUAUGCUGUCCAUCUCAGCUGCGCCUUCAUCAAAUCGCUCCCAAUUACUAGAGAGAAGGGGAUUAUGGAGUUUCCAAUAAGUGAUGUAGGUGCGGACCUAAUUGGAGCUUUUCUAACCAGACAAGGAGUUGAUACACAUACACAUACAAAUUCACUCAUCCUUGAUCAUCAAGAUGAUGUUGAUUAUGAGUUCCACAAUCACAAACUCAGAUUAGUCUCCUCCUCCUCCUCCUCAUCAUCAUCAUCGUUUCAAGAAGAAGUUUUAGAAGGAGAAAAUAGUGAUGAUGAUGACGAGGAAGACUACUCUUGUAGAAAGUCGGAGUUAAUAUGUAAUGGGUGCAUUACUCCGAUUCUUGUAAAACAAACAUCAUCUUCCUCAUCUUCUUCGUCUUCUUGUUCAGAUAAUAGUAGUAGUAGUAAAGAUAACUACUACAACUACAUGAGAUGUAGCGUCAGAUCAUGCAAAUACUAUCUCCACUUGGCGUGCUUCCGCUUGCCAACUCAGCUUCCCUCUCUUCCUCUCCUCCACAUACAUGAUCACAACCUUGUCCUUAAAUCCGGUGACAAACUUAAACCAUGGGAGUGGUCAUAUUGCAGAGUCUGCAACACAUCUACUAAUGGUUUGUUUUAUGCUUGUACAAAAUGUGAAAAUUUCAGAGUAGAUAUAAAGUGCGCUUCAAUGCCGGGCACCCUAUAUCACGUAGCUCACCCGAACCACUCCCUCAACAUUCUCUCCCGAAUAUAUACAACGGGACGAGGUCACCUAUUUUAUUGUAAUUCCUGUGGAUUCAGGAUACAUAAUAUAAAUGGCUACACAUGCGGCACCUGUGAUUUCAUCGUGCAUGUUGGAUGCACGGGGCUUCCGGCAUCAACCACCAGCCGUAGAUGGGACAAGCACCACCCGCUGCCUUUGACACACGACGCCACUCUAAACCAUCCUGGUGAUUUCCACUGCAAUCAAUGCGAGCGGGAAAUGAACCCAAAGAGCUGGAUGUAUCACUGCCGCAGUUGUGAUAUAUCCUUCCAUCCGGAAUGCCUCAAAACUACUUCCGGCCAGUUCAGAAACAUCAAGUUUGGUCAAAAAUACGCGAUCGCCAGAGCUCACUGCCACACACUCACCUAUCAAAUUCUCACUACAAAACGCCGCUGCGACGUUUGUGGUGGGAAUAGGCAUGAAGAGAAUGGUUUUUACUGUGCAUUAUGUAACUUCUUCGUUUGUUUCUACCGCUGCGGUAAAAAUAUGAUCAAAGAUGGCAACAUUGAGGCCGUGGAUUGAAAAAAAACCCUCAAUGUUUACCUUUUUAUUCUUCUAGACUUAUGUUUCUACUAAAAUUUUCAC